AUGAUCAAUGCGAUCCUCAUCUUCAGCAACCACAGGAAGCCACAGCUCUCCAAGUUCCACCAGCUUUACGGUGGAGAUACACAGCAACAAAUCAUCAGGGAUAUAUUCCAUUUGGUAUCCAAGAGAGAUGCAAGUGUUUGUAAUUUCCUUAAAAGAGGAUUAUUAAUUGGAGAAUCUGACAACAAACUGAUUGAUAGACAUUAUGCAAUGUUAUACUUUGUCUUCUGUGUGGAUUUUCCGGACAGUGAACUUGGCAUUGGAGCUAUCAUUCAAGCUGGUCUAACAGGAGCUCCAGCCCGUGCUGCAUCAGCUGUAAAGAAUGUGAAUCUUCCUGAGAUCCCAAGAAAUAUUUGGUGA